GGGGAAGUGCGUCAUUCCCCGAUUCCUCCUUUGUGGCAGAAGUAUUAUAGUUAUGACCUCGUCGUCUCCAUGGGUGGUGCUCAAGUUCGGCGGCACGAGCGUGUCGACCGCCGCGCGCUGGUUCUGUAUUUGCGACCAAAUCCGCUCGCACCUCGACUCGCCAUCGUCUCCGCGUGUGUGGGUCACCAUUUCGGCGUUGUCCCAAAUCACCAACAAACUCACACGAGCGCUGGCGCUGGCCAGUGAACGAAAUAGCAGCCACUCUGAAUUGGCCACCAAUAUCGCGCUGCAACACUUCGCACUGGCCUACGAGGUUGGUCUGUUGCCUGCGCUAGAAGGUGUCGAGGGAAGCGUGGAGCUACACGAUCGAUGGCAGCAGCUCUGGAUGGACAGUGUGAUGAGCCACGGGGAAGACGGAUCGUCGUUUUCUACUUCACCCAUCGACCCGCUAUUGCCUAAGACACUGCACCCGCUGCUGGAGGAGCUCAAGAACCUCAUUCGCGUACUGGAAGGCAUUAAACUUACAGAGGAAGCUUCGCCCGGCAUCCAGGCGCGAGUACUAGCGUUUGGAGAGCUGCUGUCAACCCAUUUGGGUAGGUGUAUCAUGGUUCACAACGGUCUCACUGACGUGGAGCGAGUGGAUGCGAGAGAUCUGCUGGUAAGUGACCCCACUAGUGCUAAGUCUGAGGAAGACAGGUAUCUGCAGGCAGAGGUGAACCCGCGUCAGGAUCGCGAACAGGCCGAAAACGCGGCAAACGGCAAGCGCAUUGUGCUUACGCAGGGAUUCAUUGCUAGUACGAUCACAGGCGCAACUUGUGUGCUGGGACGCGGAGGCAGUGACACAUCGGGUUCGUUGUUUGCCUCUCUGCUGGGUGCCCAGAAAUACGAGAUCUGGACGGACGUGCACGGCAUGUUCACGACCGAUCCGCGCUACGUACCGAACGCCCGCCUCAUCAAAGACUUGGACUACCGUGAGGCGCAAGAGCUGGCUGCUAUGGGUGCCAAGGUGCUGCACCCGCGUUGCAUCAUUCCAGCGCAGUGGGGCAAGGUGCCUCUUGAAAUCCGCAAUACCAACGACCCCAACGGUGCGAAGACUGUCAUUCACCCUGCUACAGAUGCGGACAAGGCGCACCACGGUAGCCCGAAGAUUUUGGCUGUGGUGAAGCGACAGAACAUGACAACGCUCAGUAUCACGGCGUUCAACAUGUACAGUACUUCAGGUUUCUUGGCCAAGGUGUUUGCUCCGUUCGAGGCUUGCGGCAUCUCAGUGGAUCUUAUCGCGACGUCACAGUUCUCCGUGACGGUGACGCUGGACCACAUCCCUGGUGGAGUCCAGGGUGCUCCGUUCCAGCAGUUGCUCGAAGCACUCAACGCGCACUCGAAGGUGCGCGUGUUCGAGGAUUGCUCGGUGGUUUCGAUUGUGGGUCGCGGUUUGCGUAAGGCGCUGGCGGAGCUUGGCUGUGUGUUCAGCGUGCUUGAGAACUACGACGUGUUGCUGCUUAGUGAAUCUGCUGAAGAUCUCAACCUGUCAUUUGUGCUCCAGCAGAAGGAGGCCGACGAGGUUGUCGCUCGCAUGCACGGCUUCUUCUUCCCAGGAGAUAACCAGGUGUCGCCGACUGCAGCGAAGGCUGCUGCCACAGACGCGAAAUCAUCGGGAGCUCUGCCACCUCUACCUCCCCACCCGACAGCUACUGCUGCCAACGGCGAGGCAAGUGUGCCGCCCGUAACUCCUACACCGGCCAACGUUGUUUUCCAACAGGCAACUAUUCGCCGAUCACCGUCACGUGACUUGUUGUUUGGCCCCACGUGGCAGUCUUUGCUCGAUGGGGCGCAAACCAACUAG